AUGAAACUUUGUGAGAAGCUGUGUUUUGUUGUAGCAAUGUCUGUUAUUCUUACUACAAUGUGUUUCGCUAUUAUCAGACCGGCACUUGUGUUAUACAGCUUCUCUUCUCUUUUCAUCCUUUUAUACCUCUUGAGAGUUUACAACUACUGGAAAAAUAAAUACUUAUUGUUCAUGUUGGACCCAUGCUACUUUAUCAACUUUGUGUCAUUGAUCUUCAUCUGGUUAUUGCCGCAAUCGCACGCCAUGCAGUUGUUCCACUUUGGUCUUGCCAAUUCUCUAGCUUUCGGUGGGGCGUUUCUGUUCCGUAACACCCUUGCUCUGCACGACAUUCAAAGACUUACUUCGUGUUUUAUACACGUCUUGCCUGCCCUUUUCUCAUUCUUAAUUCGGUGGCAUCCAUCGGAAACAUCAGUUUGGUGGUAUACCAAGUUAUAUGAUUCCCAUGCUUCUCUAGAAUUGUUGUCCUGGAAUAAAAAUAUCGACUGGUUCUGGCUUGUUGCAGCUCCUACUUUAUUCCAUUUUGUACGUGAGAUGCUAUAUUAUACUAUAAUUUAUGGAAUUGUCAAACCCAGUGAUGAUUAUUUAGAUAGUUUCCGAUAUUUACAUAAAAAGAAAAUUCUAUGGCGUUUCUUCUGGAAAUAUAUUGGUGAUCGAUGGCAUUUGAUUAGUUGGAUAGCUUGCAGUAUCAUACUGUCUACAAUUCUCCUAUUGGUUGCUGUCGUUGCAUGGUGCAAUUAUCUAUUCCAUGCAUCUAUGUUAAUUAUUCAAACAUUAACGCUAAUAUGGAAUGGUGCAUGUUUUUAUUUAGAUUAUUUCCCCAUUGAAUAUACACGUAAUUUACGAAUAGAACCAGAACAAGGUAUGAUUACUGUAACUAAAAAUGAAAAUCACAUUGAUAAGAAUAAUGAUAUAGAAAUAGUUAAUGAACGUAUAAUAAACGAUGAUGUUUAUAACAACAUAGCUGCCAGUGUAUUUUCAUGUUAUCCAACACCAGAUGAAUCAAACUCGAGAGUUUAUGAAGAUGGGCAUAUAACAGUUGAUGAACAAAAGGGAUUGAAAUAUGAAAGUAAUACUUCUCAUUAAAAGAUAACCAUGAUUUCUGUAUGAUAUAUAUAUUCACAUGAUUAUUAGUCAUAAAAGUUUAUUCAAAUCAUUUCUUACACAAUCAAACUGCAAAGCUAAUUCAAUCUCUUAUUACAAUACUGUUUCACCGGUCUUUUUAUGCAUAAAAAAAGUCAGGACUUUGUAACAUUACGAGCAUCAACGCUAAUGUAUUUUUAGACAGUCUCAUUUGAAUGGACAGUUAUAAUCAACAAUUCAAUAAAAGAAUAUUUAUAACAAAUUAUCAUUUAAAAUAUAUUAACCCGACCCUGUAUAAUUCCGUACAUUUAUCAUCCGGUAUCAAAUCAUGUAUAGAUUUUUCAUUAUUUUAAACUGUUAAGUUAGUGAAAAACUGUAUAGUCUCGUUGAUUUCUUAUUUCAUCAUCAUCAUCAUCAUCAUUUCCUUCAUUAUUUACAUUAAUU